UGACAAGCUCAUUGUAUAUAUAUAUAUGUAUGUAUAUAUGUAUGUGAAAGACAGCGAAACCAGCUUUACCUUCAAGGCAACCACUCAAAAUGGAGCGUCUUCUAAUGAUAUUCGUAUUAUCCUUGCUUCACAUCAAUGGACGUGUCUGCAUGGAUAUUAUUGGAGGAAAUGAGGCUGCUCCACACUCCAGACCAUACAUGGCUCUCCUAGAUAGUAACGGACUAUGUGGAGGGGCAUUAAUUAAACCAAACUGGAUUGUAACUGCUGCUCAUUGUGAUAUUAAUGAUCAAUCAUUCGCUAUACUAGGCGCACACAAACGGAACGAUACUCGAGGGCAACAGAAAAUAAGAGUUAAAAAAGGCAUAAUACAUCCCUGUUAUAACAAGAGUCUCAAACUGAAUGACAUUCAACUUUUACAGUUGGAGAAACCUGCAAAGCUGAACAAGAAUGUUGCUGUUAUCGCAAUUCCAAAAAGAGAGGAAAAAAUCGCAGCAAAGAAAAUAUGUAGCGUGGCUGGGUGGGGACUAACUGAUUCUAGGAAAAAUACACAAUCAAAUGUCCUUCGAGAAGCGAAUCUGGAAAUUGUUGACAAUGAGACGUGUAAGAAAGCAUACUCGAAGAUUCAGCAACUCAUAUUCAGCAGUAUGAUGUGCGCAGGACCUCUUAAAAACCGUAACGAUGAUUCAUGUACUGGUGACUCCGGCGGUCCUUUGAUCUGUGAUAAAAAAUAUGUCGGCCUUGUCUCAUUUGGACCAAAAAAGUGCGGCACCCCAGGGUUCCCCGGCGUCUACACACGACUUACAGACAACUAUCUUAAAUGGAUUCGGGAUACAACCGGCGGGGAUUAAUCGGAAACAUACACAAUAUAAAUACAUACAAGCUGGGAUCUGAUUGGUGGCUAUGGGCAGCUUCACCACUUUUCCAUAGCGUUAGUUUUGAUAAAUACCAGUAUACUGGGCCUCGUGUAUAAAUGAUCAUAAGCAAGUACAGCAACCAUGUCACAAAACAUGGCUUACUGAAUGUACGUGUCGUUAUGUGCCCUUUCUAU